ACUUUGACAGGUGCUCAUGACAUGCAUAACAGUUGAAAGUGCCGUUUUGACGUAACCUUUUUAUACACGUAUUUUUAAUGUUUUAUAAGGAAAGUUAUUUUUAGUCAUUUAAUAACACUGAUCGCUCGUGUUUUCAUGUUACGUCAACGGUAAGAUUAGGACAAUGUCUCAGCCUCGGAUGAGAAAGACGAGCGCCGCCGGGGAGGUCCCCAGGGUUCGCUCCACCUUCGUCAAGGCUUCUGGCGAUUCCUCUUUGAACCCUAAUCGCCAACAGCAACCUAGGAGUCGGAGUAAUAAUAAGUUACCAAAGAACAUACGCUAUGACUUAGACAGUGCAUUAGUUGGGUUAUGCGACGUGUGGUUCGAUGAGAUCAAGCCGCACCUGAUCCGCAACAAGAUAAAGGUGCACAUCCAUGGUUCCGGCUCGUGCCCGGCCAGCGGCGACCACCCGCGCGUGCCCCCCGGCGCGCCCGGCUGCUCCCACCUCGACCCAGGUGCUGCCUCUCAUCGAGCGCACCAGUAUGCGAACUAUGCCGGCUGCUGUUCAACGCCGCCAACAGCAUCGAGAGCGCCGUCGCGCAGGCCGCCAGCACCGCCUCCCUGCCCUGCGUCCCCGCUGCAGCUAAUCCUACAAUCUAUGAAUGCACAACCAAAUUAUAAAAGAAGUUUACAUCCUAAAAAACACCUCAGUCAAUCGGCGUACCAGCGGCAUGAUCCACCACCCGCGGAUACGCGUCAUGGAAAUUGCACCAGUCACCGACGACCGUUCACAGCUCCUUGUAGGAGGCUCCUUGCAGCGUCUUCUAGGAUGCACGACAAGGGAUCACAAACACAUUUCCGAUAUUUCCUGAACCCAGCAGUGAUGGUGGAUAAAGAAACCCAGACCCUUCGGCCAGUGCGGCGGCAAACCAGCGCACGAGUGUCGUCACACGGCCCGGUCGCAACUUUCGACCGCUGUCCUGGCAAGACUACUCUCUUGCCAAAAUCCAAAGGUCGACCUAAGAGCUGCAGCGACCCCAAGUCACGUCCUUUAAGUAAUAGUACUAGUUUCCCAGUACGAGAUUACGAGGAAAAGAAACUAGAAGUUUUGUACUAUAGUCCAAAUUCAUCGAAAUUUAAUUCUUCAGUCUCACUUUUAGAGACGCCCAGAGGCAAGCGGAAACGAAAAAACACUAGGAAAAUUCCGCCGUGGCGGUGAAACUCGUGCGAACCUACAUUAAGCGUUCUCUUUGUGACUUGCAAUGCUCUAAUGAUGUGGAUAUUAUUCGGAUUGUAUUUUCUUGUUUACUAAGCAGCCAAAACACAAUUCACUUUCAUACUCAUUAAGUUUCUCCUUAGAAUUUACGCAUAUGUAACUUGAUAACUCGUCUCUCAUAAUUCUUCCAUGGAAACUGGUGCGACGACAUUGAUUUCUUAUUUAAAGUUAAUGUUCGAUAAUCUUGAUUCUCUCGAAUAUUUCUUUAUAAUCUAUUUAUUUUCACAUAAGGUCUAGGUUAUUUUAUCUUAUAUUAAUAAAUGUUAUAAUGAUAU